AUGAAGCCAGCGUGCUUCUCAAGAAUGUCUCCAGCUGUGCGGGCUUCUCCCCUCCGGCCCAGGGCGAAUCUACAGUCCUCUCGCCGGGGGUGGAGACUUGCUCCACGCUUCUCCGUCAAUGUACGAGCUGUGUCCUCGAUCCAGUCCGGACACAUCGAUCUCGCCGAAGAUGAAGGCCUUGUAUAUGUCAAUAAUAUCUUCCCGCAUAGACUGCAAUGGUUACUGCGGGGACCCCUCAGCCAUAUCCAGCCCCUUGAAGGAAUUUUGAAACGAAUCAAUCAUCCCGACCUCGCCGCUGCGGAUCCCAGCCAAAUCGUGAAGCGCGUAUUACCACAAUCCGAAGACUUCGAAAUCAAGCACGUCGUCACAAGAUACAAGGAAGGAGGUGCCUUUGUCAAAUAUGCGCGCAAGCCCGGUGUCAAGAAUGAGGAUAUCCAGAAUGCCAUCAAGGAACAUCUCAACAAAAGCCCGAUCAGGCCGUGGUUCAACCCGUUUCAAAAAGUCGAUGCAGACUUGGUCCAUGGACGACCAUGGAUCGAAGAUCUCUAUCGGAUUCCCAGUAAUUCCGUGAGAGUCGAAUUUCUGGCAAAUUCGACAGAUGGCCCACCUGCAGAGCUGACGCAGGAAUGCCUGUACACCCUCUUUCGUCCAUAUGGGAAGUUGCUUGAAAUCCAUCCGCAGCCUUUCGACUCGAAAGUCGAGCCUCGCUACGCCACACUACGCUUUGACCGGCCAAGGUUUGCAGUGAUGGCGAGAAACUGCUUGCAUGGAUAUGUUGCAUCUGAGGAAGAGGGUGGGGGCAAAGCCGGUACGAGAUUUAAGAUCAAUUACGAGCGCAAGAUCAAGCUGUCCAUGAUAAAGGACUGGAUCUACAAUCACCCUAGGAUUGUCAUUCCUGCCUUGGCUGCUCUAGUGGCAACGAUCACGGUCAUCAUUUUCGACCCUAUCAGAACUUUCUUCAUCAAGAUGAAGAUCAAAGCCACUCUUCACGCUGAAGAGAAUAACAUCAUUCAAUGGAUCCGCAGGCAGGCCAGCAAAGCCAACAUAAUGUACUUUGGUCAGCGGAAGACAGAUCCUCGAGGUCUCACGGCGAUUUGGGAGGAUCGACAAAAGGAUAUUGCUCAGCUUCAAGCCUGGUUAACCGAAACUGCGGAAACGUUUAUUGUUGUCCAUGGACCACGGGGGUCUGGAAAGCGAGAAUUGGUCCUGGAGCAAGCUCUCAAGGACCACAAAUACAAGGUGGUUAUUGAUUGCAAGCAGAUCCAAGAUGCUCGUGGCGACACAGCCAAAAUCUCCCGAGCGGCAGCCCAAGUCGGUUACCGACCCAUUUUCUCCUGGAUGAACAGCAUUAGCAGCUUCAUCGACCUAGCGGCACAAGGCAUGAUCGGCACCAAGGCUGGCUUCUCGGAAACCCUCGAUGCCCAACUCAGCAAGAUCUGGCAGAACACCGCAGUAGCCAUGAAGCGGGUGGCACUCGAGGCCCGACGCAAGGAUGAUAAGGAUGCCGGCAUGAGCGACGAUGAAUACCUCGAGGCUCAUCCUGAGAAGCGACCUGUUGUGGUCAUUGAUAACUUCCUUUACGACGCUGAAGAUAGUGUUGUUCUCGAUAAGCUCACCGAGUGGGCGGCUGGCUUGACUACUGCCAACAUUGCUCAUGUCAUAUUUUUGACCACUGAUUCUUCGUUCGCGAAGCCGCUUAGCAAGGCACUUCCCAAUCAGGUCUACCGCACUGUUGGCUUGGGUGACUGCUCUCUCGACGUGGGUCGUCGCUUUGUCAUGAGCCAUUUAGAUGCCGAAGAGGUGUUGGGCGGACGUGUUACUGAUCUCGAGUUUAUGGCCCAUCGCAUCGAGGCUGGAGAAACACCUCAAGCCGCCGUGGACCGUAUCAUUGAGCAGUCUGCCUCGGAAAUCCUGAAGAUCUUCAUCCUCGGCACGGACACGAUUACACCCCAAUGGACUCGCGAACAAGCAUGGCAUAUUAUCAAGGCUCUGGCAAACUCCAAGGAUGGUAGUUUGUUGUACAACAAGGUCCUCCUGGCAGACCUGUUCAAGGAAAAUGGCGAAGCAACCCUCCGAGCUCUGGAACAAGCCGAGCUCAUUUCUGUCGGAUCGGUCAAGGGGUUUCCACGAUGGGUCAAGCCCGGAAAGCCGGUCUACCAUGCUGCGUUUCAACGCCUCAUUGAAAACAAGACAUUGCAGAGCCGACUUGAUCUAUUGAUUCUUGGACAAUUGAUCAGCAACGAAAACAAGGGCAUUGGCAAGUACGAGGAAGAGCUCCAGCUCAUUGGGUCCCUGCCGAAGCAGCCCCGUGAGCUGUAUUCGCGUACGAUGUGGCUUUUGAACAAGAUUUCCGACUCGCAGAGCAAGAUUGAGAAUUAUGAGUGGGAGAGUCGGAAGUUGCAGCGAGCACUGCAAAGUGACAGUUGA